AUGGGCAAAGUCAAGGCUGCCUUUCAAACGAAAUGGCCAGCAAUAGUUGCGGUGAAGAAAACACAAAGGGAGUACCAGAAAGAACUGAUGGAGCUACGGCUCAAAGAGGAAGACGUCGGGGAGCGCGUCAUGGUAGCGGGGAUUUCGACAUGGGCGCAUACCCAAUUCCACAACAAGCUAAAGACCCUUGUAAAGGAUGCUGGAGUAGAGAGUAUACCUAUCCUAAUCCAGCCAGUUCGCAAAGCGCUCCCUCAAGCACUGAGAGACCUCACAUCAGUAGCGCUGGCUGACUGGAGUGCCUUCCUUAACGAAAUCAACAACGUCAAUAUCGAUACGUUACAGGAGAAAGCGAAGAGGGUGAAAGAGAGGAAGGAAGCAGAGAAAGCCCAGAACGCACGCAUUGCACGAUUGGAGAACCAACAAGAUCCUAUCGAAGUCCUACACUUACAAAUGCAGCAAACAUCAAUUGGAACUAAUGUGCGGAACUCAGAAGUGAGGACGCCUCAGAGAACCACGGGAAAUGCACCUGCAGAUGCAACAACAGCAAGAAGGCCAGUGCGAUAUGUUGCAGCCAACCAAGGGCAAACCAACCAACGUCCUAGAGGGCAACCGCCCACACAGGAAGAGUGA